GAACCAGAGACGUCGUCUAUCAGAGCCAGAGCAACAGAGAUCAGAGCAUCGUUGCCAUGGAAGAAGGACGGAGAAGCUGCAGAGUGUGCGUCACCGGCGCCACCGGCUUCAUGGGAUCUUUGCUCGUCAAGAAGCUCCUGGAGAAAGGCCAUGUCGUUCAUGCCACCGUCCGGAAUCCAGGGGAUGAGUUCAAGGUGGGAUUUUUAAGGAACCUAGCCGGCGCCGGCGCCGGCACGAGGCUCUCCCUCUUCUCCGCGGACCUCUACGACGCCCACACCUUCGCGCCGGCCAUCCACGGUUGCGAGUUCGUCUUCCUGGUCGCCAUCCCCUUUCAACACAUCCCUUCCUCUCAGUUCAAGGACAUCGCCGAAGCAACGGUGUCUUCCGUUCGCACCAUUCUGCAGCUAUGCGAGCGAUCGAGGACGGUGAGGCGGGUCAUCUUCACCGGCUCCGUCACCGCGUCGUCCGCCAUGAAGGAAGACGGCUCCGGCUUCAAGGAGGCCAUGGACGAGUCUUGUUGGACUCCCCUCCAUCUUCCCUUCCGUUACUGUGAAGAUUUCGAGAAGGAUUACACUCGUUCAAAGACGCUAUCUGAAAAGGAAAUACUAUCGUACAACGACGAACGGCGAGAGACAUCAAUGGAAGCGGUGACCUUAACUUCCGGCUUGUUUGGAGGCGACACGAUUCUGUCACACUUACCGUUGAGCUCCCAAAUCGUCGUCUCGCCGAUGACCGGCAAUCCGGUGCAUCGCAGGCAGCUAAAGUUUCUCCACGCGUUGCUGGGCUCGGUGCCCGUCGUGCACAUCGACGACGUUUGCGAGGCUCAUGCAUUCUGCAUGGAGCCGCCUUCCAUGGCCGGGAGGUUUCUCUGUGCGGCGGGGUACCCAGCACUGCAACAGAUCGCAGACUAUUAUGCCAAGAAGUUCCCUGAUCAGCUACCAGUGAUCACCAAAGAGGAAGAUGAAGAGGCAGCCAAAGUGUAUGUACCAGGCAAAUCAACUAAGCUGACAGAUUUGGGGUUCAGGUACAAGCACACUGUGGAGCAGAUUUUGGAUGAUAGUUUCGAGAGUGCCACGAGGUUUGGAGUACUCCUCGAUAAAACUACAAGCGAACAAUAUUAGAAACAAAAAAAUUGUACGAGUUGUGGGGUAAUCAUUCCUAGGGUUACUUUAUGCAUGCAACAUCAAUCCCUGUAAGCUCUCCCAAGUUUCGAUGGAGUGAAAUCUAAAAUUUAAAUGGAUGGAAGGGAAGGAUUAAGUCUA